UCAAAUAUUAAAUUUUUACACCUUCAAUUUGAUGAUUAAGGGUUUUGGGUGUUCUUCCGUUCUCUCUGGUGACCGUCGUGGUGACCGUCGUGGUCUUGCUACCGGUGCAUGGUAGGUGGAGGGUUCAGGGGUGGAACGGGUGGGUAACUACAGCAUGUGCACCAGUUUCAGGGGUAGAGCGUCAAUGAGAAAUCAAGAUCCCCCAAAUUCUGAAGUCAAAUUCAAAUUCAAAUUCAAAUUCAAACUCAUUCAUGGUGGUUGCUCCAACAUUAUCAAAAUCCACAAACCCUAAAACACAAUUUGGAAUGAAUCAAUCAAUAGAGCUUCAUCCUCCAUGGCGAUAUUCAACCUUUGUAAUCAUACACCCUUCUGCAAGGUAUCUCGAUGAGGCGAAAUGCGAGAAACGCUUCUUGGGAAAGAUUCUUGGAGAGCAAACAUGAGAUACUUGAUCCGCAAGACACGCUCUCCAGAUUGCCGGAAAACGUACUUCAACGUAUGAUGUCGUUUCUUCCACCAUUAGAUAAAGACAAUGUUUGUUUAUUAUCAAGAAAAUGGCGCCGACUAACCGCACAAAACCAAACCGUACUCUGGCUGACUAAGCACAAGUUAAACGAGCUGGAAUUUCCGAAGAAUUUGAACGACGAGUUCCACUCGGUAGAGUUUCUUUCUCUAACUAAAUGCCCGGGGAUGAGAAACUUGAAGCUCGUGAAUUAUAAGUUAGUAAUUAUUCACUUAAAAUACUGCGGAAGCUUAAAGAAUUUGUACCUCAACACACCAAACCUUAAAACUUUAUACUUCCGUGGACCGCGUGUCAAACCAUGCACAAUCGAGUUUAUUAAUUGCAAAAAGUUAUCGAUUUUGGAUUUACUCGGGGCUGCUAUGAACACUACGAUGUUCAUAAACUGCGACCAAAGUUUUCCGCUUCUUCAGACGUUGACACUUACCAGGUGUGAUAUGAGUGGAUGUAUUAACAUCUCAAGUAAGUCUCUUCAUGACUUAUCGUUUGUCGGAUUCAGUAAGCCCGUGGGUCUCACCGUUGACGCCCCGAACCUAUCUUCUUUCAUGUACAAUGGCACUACAAUUGCUCCCUGUCAAAACAUUAACUUACCUAGUCUUACUAUAGCUUACGUUGAGCUAUAUCCUAAUCUGAACCAAAAGCGCGAUCAGAUUUGGUUCACGAGAUUAACCGAAAUGCUGCAUUGUCUAAAACAUGCUAAACGGUUGGAGUUUUAUACUAAUUCAGACCAGAAUGUUAUAAUACCAAAAUAUCUUAGAGAAACACUUAUGCCACCGCUUGAUGAAAUCUCGUGGAUAGUAGUAAGGACAACGUCACGAUUCACCGAUAUCGUGAAUCUUGCUGAUUCCAUGCUUUGGGUCUCUCCUCGGGUUAAUAAUCUUUUUUGCAGCUCGAAUUUCUGGGAGUUUAUUCUAAAGUUGUCCCAUGAGGAAUCAACGUCUGAUAGUUCGUGUCGUUUCUGCGCGUCACAUUCUUCAAGAUGUUGGCGUCAUACAGUGACAGGGUACGUGGUUGAUCAUACUUAUGGUGCGCAAAAGGAGGAAAUGAAGUUAUAUCUUCAGGCAAAUCUGAAAAGCGUUGGACGCAGUGGUAUUGAUUUGAGUAAGGUGGAAAGGAUAUGAUAUGAUAUGAAUUUGAAGUUUUAAGAAUAAUUAAAGAUGUUAAGACGGUUUGAAUGGUUUUUAGUGGUGUUGUUUUCUUUAAUAUGGCACAUUAAGUUUGGACAAA